GGCAAGAAACUUGGACAGGCUUUUCUUUCCUGCCACUGGAUAACAACACUUAUGCAUUAGCAUCAAUGACUGCUUUGAGUCGUACAUUUUCGAGCUCGGGACACCUGUUGUCCUGUAGGAGACUGGUGAUCACGCUGGUGGGAAAUCAUUACCGGCAUCCUGCAGGAGUGCUGGCCGCCGCAGGUCAACCGCUGACGGGCUUCAGGCAGCAGCAGCGCCGGGGGCAGCACUCGGAGCCCAAUGAUGAUGUUGAGGUCUACUCCAAACGCUUGGAGGGCGAAGACGAAGGUAUUGUGGAGGUCGUGAUGUGUCGCCACAAGGCAAGAAACGCCUUGGGUCAUGUGUUUGUGUCACAGAUGAGGGAGGUGGUGUCCUGCAUGUCCCAUGACUCAGCCGUGCGUGCUGUUGUGUUCAGGAGUUUAGUGCCGGGGGUCUUCUGUGCAGGUGCUGACCUGAAAGAGAGAGCGUUGAUGGACAACUCUGAGUCUGAUCUGUUUGUCCAUGGCUUGAGGUCCCUCAUGACUCAGAUCGCUGUGUUGCCAAUGCCCACACUCGCAGCAAUGGACGGCGUGGCUCUUGGAGGAGGACUGGAGUUAGCAUUAGCCUGUGAUCUUCGCGUUGCCGCGGACUCGGCACAGAUGGGGCUGAUUGAGACGACACGAGGGCUUCUCCCAGGGGCCGGUCAGAUGAGUGGCAGUCAUACUCCUGUGGAAAUAAGCGAUGAAGCAUCUGGAAAAUUUGACCUUGUGGUGCUUUGUCCUGCAGGGGGCAGUCAGCGGCUGCCACGUAUGGUGGGCCUGACCAAGGCGAAGGAACUCAUCUUCACUGGUCGACGCUUUGGAGGGCAGGUCGCUCUGGAGAUGGGGCUGGUAAACAGUGCUGUUAAGCAGAACCAGACCCAAGACGCUGCCUACAGAGAAGCAAUCUGUCUGGCCAGAGAGAUUCUGCCGCAGGCGCCAAUUGCCGUGCGGAUGGCGAAAGAGGCAAUGAACCGAGGCAUGGAGGUUGACAUCACCUCAGCGAUGGCGAUAGAGAGGAUGUGUUAUGCUCUGGUCAUUCCAACCAAGGACAGACAGGAGGGCAUGGCUGCCUUCAUAGAGAAGAGACCCCCCCGGUACACAGGGCAGUAAUCUCCAUCUAUGGGGCAGCUGCUUAAAUGCAGUGAUCGUAAUUAUGUGUCAACUUCUGGAGCAAAAACAAACUCUGUAAUUAGCACUGUUUACAUCCGGAGAUGAGCAGAGAUUUAGAUGUCCACAGAUAAAGCCGAUCCUAUGUGAUAGCUGCACUGACAGGUCAGCCAAAUAUAUGUUUUUAAAGGGAGUCUCACACGUGUACACAUUUUGUUUUUUUGUAUUGGUGUAACACCCUCAUGCUUCAUGAAAUGGCAGACGCCCCCCAAACCUUUUGGCACCAUGGACCCUUAUGUAUAGGUGUGAAUCAUCCGUUUCAAUGAGUCAGUGGUUCAAACAGGAAAUUUCUUUUCAAUACAGGCUCUUGGAUCUGUCUGGUGUCUCAUUGUUGACUGGUUCUCCCCUCUCAAAUGAGCUCUCCAGUGACAUUUUCUUGCGGGAUAUUUCAGCAAGAAUUAGCUUGUCAACAUAGUGAUGCAUGGAAACACUCUGUGCCCAAGACAAGCGCAUGAGUGACUAGAAAAGUCUCAGUUUUCCAAAAUAAAAUACGUGGAAGACAAGUCACAAAUAGACCACAAUCCCGUUCAGAUCUGCUGUGCGCCACUUGGGCACUUCUUUUUCUUCAGUCUUUGGAGUUCAAAUUCUAUUACUGAUAUGACUGGAGUUUACACAACCUCUUUAAGAACAAAAACCCCACGCAGCAUUCAACAUAACCAAAUGUUCUCUUCACUUUAGAUGCUGGUGGAUGUCCACCCAAUUUUAAAAAUGAGGCAAAAUAUGGACUUCAGUGCAUUUUUAGUCUUAUCACUUAUCAAUGUUUCACAGAAUUGUUUUUGGCCAUUAAUCCUCAGAGAAGUAAGUCCUGGAAUGACCCCAGUCAGACCUACAAUGCAAAAUUGUGUCACUGUUUUGCCAGCUUGAUAUUGCUCCUGGAGAGCUGUAGGAGUCAGGGAAGGGGAGAUGCUGGCUUGUCUCGCUUCCUCAGUGACCCAAAAUUGGACAUCGAAGAUGAUGAAUGACUGAAUUGACAGGUCUACUCCAACUGUCAGUAACAUUUGAGGUUAAACUGCUCACAAACGUUGUUCACAAGAAAAAGGCAAGUCUUAUAAUCCAGCUCAUGGGAAUAUACAUUCUUUAUUUUUCCAACCAUAAAAACAGGAUUCAUCAGCAGCCAAAUAACACACGCACCACUAGUACAUUUCUUGUUUUCUCAUUCAAAUUGUCAAACACUGGCCGGUUUCAAGUAAACAAUCUGGAUGAACACAGCAGACGCUUCCCAUAAAAAAAACUCCUGUGUCAGGAAUACCUGUGACAAUUUAUCAACUUGAGUAUGUGUCAGACAAUAUUAUGAUGAAAUCAACUGGCAUCAUUGCAUAUGCAUGAUCAAGGAGCAUCUUCUUUUUUAACUUCCAAAGUGAUAUUUUACCAGGAACCGUUAUUUGAAUCAUGAUAUUUAGCAAGUUGCUUUAAAAAAAAUCAAUUAUACACCCCAUGACGUACCGCCACACUUAGUUAUUGGCCAGAAACCUUGAACCAUCACAGUAAAAAUACAUUAACCAUGCCACCAGUUUGAAACGGCCCGAGACAAACCAUUACUCCAUAACAAACCAUAUUACUAUGUACAAAUGACAAACUGUUGUACAGAGGUACAUACACACGUUCUCAUAGUGAAGUUAGGUACUGGAAAGCUCAUAUUUUUAACAUAUUUACACUCUUUUCUCAGUGAAAAAAAAGGAAAAAAAAACCAAAACAAACCAUCUGUGCCAUUUCCACUAGACAGAAGAUGACACCUACAUCUGGAUCUUAAUAUUUCAUAGUGCAAGUGGUAUUGCUGCUUUGAAACUCGGAACAAACUCAUCAAGCCGAGAGCCAGAUGUGGAGGAAAGUGCUUUUAAAAACAAAAAAAAAAAAAAAAAAAAACAGGACGGGGACAGUUGGGCAGAUAAUCAGGCAUUCGGACUAACACCAGCAUGCUUGAGCUCACCUCAUCAUCAUGCAUUCAUUGAAUGAGCUGAAACCAACAAGGUUUGACCUCUAAGGUCAGCCACUUUCUAUUAACCAGAAGCAUCACUCUAGAACGUAGCUGGCAUUGGUGCAUUGUCAGAACACUUGACACUCAACUCUUCUAUAUUCAAAGGUUACUACCUUUUGAGCUUCUGACAAGAUUAGUACACAGAAUUCAUCUUUGUUUUGCAAUCAAGAAAGUAUAUAAAUAGGUGUAUGUGCAAAGGCUUCUCUUUGUUUAAUGUCCUUAGCUUUAUGAUAAAGUGUGUCCGUGCCUGUGAUAUGCAUUCGCACAACUCCUCUGCUGUUACGCUGUAUAUCCCUCUUUUUGUGGAGGCAGCGCCUUAUUCUGAAAGAAAGCAUUCAGAGAAUAAGAGAACAGUGCUUGUAUGUGCGAGUACAAUGGCUGCUGUUCACCUGAGGGUUCACUGAGGCGGUGGGCGACGGACCGCAGGUGCUUGUGCAGGCUGACCGGUGCGCACUCUGUGGCGCUGUAGGCUGUCCAGAAUGCUCUCUGCCAACAGUUUGACAUCUCGGUGGGUUUGAGGGUUUGUGUGGACGCACUCCAGCUGCUGCAGCCCACCUUCCUCCAACAACAUGCUGCAGUAGCGGGAGGCUGUAGACACAGUCGUCACAGGUGUGCCACUUUGCUCUCAAGAUAGCUGGGAUUGGCUCCAUUCACAAACCCCAUAAUGGAAUCCACUGAAGAAGAGAAUCUUCAUCCUCAUCUCUCAAGCAACAAGGACAAUGACUGGGCCCCAUCAUUGUUGUUUACAGCAGGAGCGUGAACACCACUCCUGGUUCCUCUGCUAUUUGCAGUGUAUUUUCUACUGUAGCUGCUACCACAUCUGCCGCUAUUUCCGCUACUGUCCUGCAAACUGUGCCCAAGCCUCCACCAUUUACGAUCACAGAAUGGGAGUCAGUCAAACUAACUCUUGCUCUCUUACUCCCCUACUACGUCUUCUCAACAAAGGGGCAGUUUUCAUUUCAUAUUUACUCCAAAGCUCAGACUGAAGUUACAUGUAGCCGCCGCCUGCUGGUGUAAAUUAGCACCUACACCAGGCUCCAUUUUUGCAGCUUUGCCUGUUUAUAUCCUUUGAUGUUGGGUAUUAGAAUUUUGGGAUGAUGAUGCUCACAGGGUUAAUGUAAUAAGCUCUGGCAGAAAUCUGUGAGGCACUUGAAGCAAAGAGUCAUAACCAGAGUGAUGUAAAGAUGUUCCACUCACCAUUCUUGCUGCAAACAUGCUGCAUGGCCCACGCCGCCCACAGCUGGACACCAGGGGUGUGGAAACAUUCCAGCAAGGGGAAGAAGGGAUUAAAAGACCUAAAAAUGAGAGACAAUAUGAAGACGUCAACAACACAAGACUGUCGGAUUCAAACAAUAUAUCUGACACCAGACUUUACAUGGGGGAUGUUAAAAGGGUUACAGCAGGGUAGAUUUUUAUUUAUUAUUUCGUUUCCCAAUAGAAAUAAACUAUGUCUGACUAUACAGUUGAGCUUUGGUCCUUGAACUGGGCAUGUGACAAAUACAAUUUCAAAGAGACACAGCUAAGUGUAGACUGCUUAUAAGAUUAUAUUUCACCAGCGAAUAAACAGACUUUCAAAUGCCACAAUGAUGGCCAUAUGUCAAGCCUGAAUUAGAUGAAUUACAUUGCUUUGUUAUUGUCUUCACACAACUUUAACUCAAAUUGAGAACUAGUACCUGUAGGCAACCAUUUCAAACUCUGGUGCAGGCCACUUCAUGAUGACAUCAUGCUGUGAUAACACACACACACAAUCAGAAGGUUUAGUCAAGUGCAAUCAUUCACACUGACGGACACCGAAUCCUUUCUACCAGUUGUUCCAGCAGCGAUGAGCGAAGGUCAGCGCUCAGCGUCCAGGCCUGCUCUCCUCGUGACGUCAAGUGUGCGAGGAUACCAGCAGCAAAGUAGCUGACCUCCACCUCUGGACUGUGCAGCAGACUGCUGAUGUGGUCCAGGAAGCUUUGAACCAUUAACUCCCCAUGCAGUUCUCCCACCUCCG